CUCGUUGAUCACCACCACCACCUCUACACCUACGUUACUACGUUACCACUAUUCAACAUACACUCGCGCGCAAUCCCAGGCUUGAUUUCGAAGCCGUCCAGAUCCGACAGUCCACCUGAAAUCCUUACUAAGCAAAAGCUUCUCGCGUCUUUGUUCACGCGACUCCUUCUCUGUUGCGGCAAGAGUUCUCUGUGUUAUCUCUAGCAAGCCAGCGAUCAAUUAUGCCUUCACACAUGCCCUCUAGCUUUGCAUCUGCUGCGGCAGGCCAAGGUUCGAGUCGCGAUCCCCGGAGUGCGAGGGGUGACGGACGAGGUAGCGGGGACUGGGCGCGCAGAGAAAAUAGGCCUUCUAAUGGCACCGUAACCCUACGACGGUCCUCUACAACCCCAGUGGCGCAACCCGCUUCUCAAGGGGAACCACCACUUCCAACACCAAGUGCGGAGACCCUUGCAUCAUAUCAACCGUCGACCUCCACCUACGAUCACUCUACAGAGUUUCGCUACUCUAAGAAUCAACUAAUAGACAUUUACAAGGCUCAAAUGGAGUCGGGGGUAUCAAACGGAGAUAUCUCGCACCUCUUUGAAAAUGGCUGGGACCCUAAACAAUCGAACGGAGCAAAUGGUCGAAGCAGUUGGGGAAAGAGCAGCGAUGGUAGAGAUGCUCAGGGUCCUAAUAUUGCCUGGGAGCCAAAGGGUAAUAUUCAACCAAUUUGUCUAGAGGAAAUGUCAGAAGAGGAGAAACUUAUAUUCUCUGGCGAUGUUAACUCUCCAAUGAAACCUCCGCCACAGAGCUCGAACAAAGAUCCUAAUGCCCCAGGGGGCAUGAACGGUCGCAAGACUUCCUUUUCGCAGGGCCCAGCCCCAUACCUUUCGUCUCCCGCAUCGAGCAGACCAGGCACGCGCCGACAGCAAACCAGUGACUCCAUAUCUCUGGCCUCUCCAGGCGCAAGCCGAUUUUCCAGGGAUGAGCCCUCCCCCUUUUUCACUCGCAAGCUCAACGAAUCAAAAGACAGCCAAGACGAUCGAGUUGAAGAUUCGAAGAGCAAUUUGCCAUUUGGUGGUUUAAUGCGUAGCAACACAGCUGGGAGUGCAUUGGGCAAUGGCCCAACUUCGCCGUGGGGUCGUGAUGGAACCAUGGGAACAUUUGGAAGUUUCGCUCUCGGCGGAUCUUCUACAAACCCAACUCCCAUGGAAAAGCGGCCGGGAUUGCCAACGCGUGAAAGCCGCUUGGCGUCUUUGAUGCCAAAGGAAAGCACAGAGGACAUGUCGAAGGCUGCUGAGAGACCAUGGAGACCUAGACAGCGUACAGAUACCGACCCAUUUUCCGAUGAUACCCCUACUGGAAGUGCUGCUUUAGGCGGUGGCCAAGACACAAGCCCGCCACAAAACUCGCAACGUAGGGCUCCUGGAUUAGAUACUCCUAUGAGAGCAGCGCCCAGCGACUUUGGAAUGUCUGACAUGCCAAGCUUUCGUGACGCUCCUCAACGUGGACAGAGUCACCAGACUCCCCAAGGCCGUCAUGAUGAGCAUGAACCUCUCAGUCCCGCCGAUACCAACCCCUAUCGCAGUCCACCUGAGGAUAGAAAUGAUGGAGACAAUGAUAGCUAUGACGGCGAAUCCAUGCAACAUAGUCGAGUUCAAGGACUCGGCGGUAUUCCUGAGCAUCCUAAUACAUUUGGGAACUUGCCUCGCGGCUUCGCCAACGCGGGUUUUGACGGAAGCGAUCGCAGUCAAACAUCCAGCGCCGGUGCUUCUAAAGGAUUUCCUACUUUGGGCGGCCUCUCUUCCGUUGGUGCUGGGCUUGGCAGCAUGGGCGGAUGGCCAACAGGCGGUAAUCCCAUCGGGACUCCUGAUCGUGAGAAUCGACCUGCCUUCUCCUCCGCGCCGUUUGGGAACUCUAUCUUUGGACCCAUGGGCGAUCUUCAAUCUCCAUCCUUGAGUGGUCUAGGGGGUGUUUUCGGGCAAGGUCAAGGUAGUAAUCUCUCUGGGACUGGCACAGCCGGCCGUGGCAGUAAACUCGGAUCUCUAUUCCCUGCAGCCAUGCAAGCACAAAUGCAGAAUGUUGAUGCGGAAAACACAGCAGAGGGUGGGGACCUCAGGCAUAGCAGCGCAUAUGGGGCUAUUGGCAGAAGUGCCUUCCCUCCCUCCCGCGAUACUGAUAGCCCUAUGCGAGCUGGCAGACAUGCCUUUGAAGACUUGUUCCCGCCGACAGACAGCUCUCGCAACCAAGGUCCCUUCUCAACAUCUGACAACGCUCCUGGACAGACAGCCACUUCAUUCUCCCAAGCUACUACGGCCCAGUCCAACUAUCAACAGUCACAAGCCAGUUCGGAUUCCGCAGCUAAUCAACUGCCCACCGCUCAACAGCGGGUUAUGGUCAUGCCAGAUAGGAUGAGAUGGGUCUACCUCGAUCCACAAGGCAUGGUACAAGGACCUUGGUCCGGCCUCGAAAUGCACGAUUGGUACAAAGCAUCAUUCUUCACGCCUGAUCUAUCUGUGAAGAAGCUCGAGGAUGCCGAAUUUGAACCCCUCGGUCAACUGAUCCGACGUAUUGGAAACUCCCGAGAGCCUUUCCUUGUGCCCCAGAUCGGAAUUCCCCAUGGCCCGCCAACAACCCAGGCUGGCGCUCCGUUUACUCCUGCAGCCACCGGUCCUGGAAGCGCCUCAGGUCAACCUGGUGCUGUCCAACCUCCAUUUGCAGGAGCCUUUCCAAGCUUUGGCACGACUUUGACUGCAGAACAGCAGAACAAUCUAGAACGCCGGAAGCAGGAGGAACAGUUCUUAAUGGCUCGUCAACGAGAGUAUUUGGCUCAACAGCAAGUCAGUAUGAAGCAAAUGCAAAUGAGCGGAAUCCCCGGAGCCCUUCAUCAUCAUUCAAGUGCUCACAGUCUGCAAAGCCAGCCAAGCUUUGGAAGUAUGACUUCUCCAAUCGGCAUGCCGCCGCAACCCCCCUUGCAAGGCGUAUCCGGCUUCUUCGACGGUCCACCUAGACAAGUCCCUCCCCCACAAGUUGGUGGAAUGGCACCUGACCAUUUUCGCGCGGAAGACAUCGCACGGUUGAGUCUCCAGGAUCGACAACAACUCUUCGGUGCUGCUGCACCUGGCUCUCAACCGUCCCAGCCAAAGGCCACAACAGUCGGCUCACUCUUCACACACCCGGAUGCCCAACGCCAAGCUGCAAUGACGGAGCAGGAUGAUCCCCAGGGAUUUAAAGCCCGUCUUCAUGAGUUCAACCAGUUGAGAGCUGAGCAUGAUGCUGCCGAAGCCGCUCAAGCUUCGUUGGACCAAUCUAAUGAUCCAAUUGGACCACCCCAGCAAGUUCAGCAACAACACCAACAAUAUGAUGAGCCGCCCCAACCUCGUCAGGACGAGGAGCCUAAGGCCGUCGUUCCCGAGGUACUUUCGCUUACUCAACAAGUUCAGAAAGCAGCUUCAGCUAAACAGUCACCCGUCACCGCCGUUCAACCAGAGUCCGCAUGGGGGAAGGCCAACUCCGGUCUGCCAAUGCCAUUUCCUCCACCAAGGGAGUCGAACACUCCACUUCCGGCGCCAACUGCGCAGAGAGGACGGUCUAAUCUACCCGAAGCUCUGAAUGUGGACACAAGAUCUCGUUCAGAGACACCUGAAAUGGCAGCCACAACACCAUCUCUUGCCCCAUGGGCAAAGGAACCAGCGGAGGGUCCGAAGGGUCCGUCGUUGAAGGAAAUACAGGAAGCUGAAGCGAAGAAGAUGGCUAAAGCCGAGGAAAUCGCGGCAGCCAAUCGUCGUGUCCAACUCGAGCAAGAGAUGAGGUUGCUUGCGAAUCAGCCCGCUGCUCCUGCUCCAGGUCUCCCAACCUCUUCUACCUGGGGUAGUGGUGUUUCACCGGCAACGCCCACAACCGCACCAUUGGCGUGGGCCAAACCAGUUAUCACCACUCAAGCUGCUAGUGUCAGUAAGAGGACUUUGGCCGACAUCCAGAGAGAGGAAGAGCUUCGCAAGCAGAAGAUUGCUGCCCAAGUAGCGCAGACAUCUUCUGGAGUCUCUAGUGGUAAGCGUUAUGCAGAUCUGGCAAGCAAGCCCACCGCGCCUAGCCAACCCCUUGGCGGCUCGGCUUGGUCUACAGUCGGCGCAGGUGGUAAAGUCAAGAUUCCCACUGGUCCGUCCGUUGCGGCGCCCCAAGCUGUUCGGUCUGUCAGCAGUGCAAAUAAUGCCACCACAUCAGUCUCUCGCGCUCCACGACCAGCUCCUACUGUCCGCAGUGCUACAACUGGGCAGAGCAAUAUCAAUGCUGCUAAUGAGGAGUUUACCAAAUGGGCUAAGGGAGAGUUGACCAGAGGCUUGAACACGGGCAUCAACGUUACCAACUUUUUUAACGGUCUCUUGAAUUUUCCUGCAGAUGAGGAGCUUAUCGCGGAUACCAUCUAUGGUAGCUCUACGCUAAUGGAUGGUCGCCGCUUCGCAGAAGAAUUCCUCCGACGUCGUAAGCAAGCCGAAAAGGGUAUCAUUGAACCAGCCAAUACUGCGCCUGUCAGCAGCGUGUCAACCGGUGGUGAUAUGUCAGCGGGUUGGAGUCAAGUUGCCAAGAAAGGUCCGCCAAAGGAAGAGACACCUGCCGGCUUCAAGGUCGUCCCCAACAAGAAGAAAGGCAAGAAAUGAACGCAAUAUCGGAGCAUUGUAUCAAUAUGUAUGAGUAGACGCGUCAACGUCACAGCUCUGUUUUACCUAGCAUAGCGAUCUUCAUGGAUGGGUAUAUGCAUGAGCAAGCAUUGGUCUCUCUCCCGCAGCUGAUGCGGAUUGUAUACUGUACAGCAUAUAAAUGAGAAGCGUUUUAUGAAAUCUCUAGACUUACCAAUGACACACUGUG